GCUCGCCCUCCUCCCUCUCUCUCUCUCUCUCUCUCUCUCUCUCUCUCUCUCUCUCUCGAGUAUAGACCCAGUAGCUAGUCGAGCCCCUCAACUCAAACGAAUAUGAAAGCUAUUGCAGGCUAACGGUAGAGAGACCGUCAUCAGCCCAUCAUCCCCUUUCUCACCACUCUCUCACCACUGACAGACUGUGAAAGAAAGAGAGAGAGAGAGAGAGAGACGCUAAGCUGAGACCCACACACCCAGAAGAUAUUAAAUUAAAGUGGGAACCGUCCAUUCUACAGGUGAUGUAUUAUUCUUAUUAUUUGUAUUAGCAAGGGUUGUUAAAAUCUUUAUGCGAUCAAUCAAAUGGAAGGAGAUAACGGGAUCCGUAGGCCAAACUUUCCAUUGCAAUUGCUAGAGAAGAAGGAAGAAGAGGAUGUGUGUUCAAGCUCGGGCUACCCAUCUCUAGCUAUAUCUGCCGAGACAAGCACCAUCCGAUCCAAUUCCAGUCUACAAACCAUCGAGCCAGCAGCAGCGAAGAAGGCCCCUCCGAAGAGGACUUCCACUAAAGACCGACACACCAAGGUUGAUGGUCGGGGACGUCGCAUCCGUAUGCCAGCGACCUGUGCCGCUAGGGUGUUUCAGCUCACUAGAGAACUAGGCCACAAGUCCGACGGCGAAACCAUCGAGUGGUUGCUCCAGCAGGCGGAGCCGGCGGUGAUUGCCGCCACCGGUACCGGCACAAUUCCUGCCAAUUUCACGUCCCUCAACAUUUCACUCCGUAGCACGGGGUCUAGUAUGUCGGCCCCAUCUCAGCUUAGGACCACGUACUUCAAUCCAAACUUGGUCUCUACACCACAGUUAAGGAUGAGAAGCGAGUGGGAACGCAGCAUCAUGGACGAGUCUCAACAACGUCGAAUUCUAUUCCCUGGCGUUGGGUUGUCAUCGGAGACUUCCUCCUCCACCUCUGCACUUCUAAAUUUUCACCCUAACAAUGUAAACCCCAUGCUACAUGCUAAGCAGGAGCUGCGUGAUCCAUGCCUAGACAUGUCGGACACCGACACUGGCAUUGGCAGCAGAAAGCGUCGACCGGAGCAGGAUCCGAGUCCUUCGUCGCAACAGCAUCAAAUGGGGAGUUACUUGUUGCAAUCAAGCGCGGGUCAAAUUCCGGCGAGCCAUGGUCAGAUUCCGGCGACCUUUUGGAUGGUUACUAACCCUAACAACCAAGUGACGAGUGGUGAUUCCAUUUGGACAUUCCCUUCGGUUAGUAACACUAGCAUGUAUAGAGGGUCCAUGUCCAGCGGAUUACAUUUCAUGAAUUUCCCUACUCCCAUGGCUCUCUUGCCAAGCCAACAGUUAGGCCCUUCAGGCAUCGGUGGUAGCGGAGGCUCGUCCGAGGGACACUUGGGCAUGCUUGCCGCCCUUAAUGCUUAUCGGCCGUUGACAGGCACCGGCGCAUCAGACUCUCAGGCGAGUGGGUCCCAUCAGCAUCACGAGGGGAGUGAACGACAUGACACACCUGGUCAUCACCAUUCGUAGAUCGAUCAUUCAUACAUGUAUGGCUUGAUUUUUUUUUUUUUUUUUCUGAAAUCCUUUAAAAUAUAUAAUUUGCACUUGAAACACGCUCCGUUUGAUUUCUCCAAAUUUGACGAGUUUAUUAUUCCUUCUUUUCCCUUUAAUUAAUGUGUGCUUUGAGUAGUAAGUAGAGAGGAUUAUAGGGCAUGAGAAGACAGAAUUUAACAUGGGGUAUUUGGCUGGUUUUUGCUACAAGUCUCUUGGGGUGUUAUCCAGCAAUUUCUUAUCAUUAUUGGCUGUUAUUCUAUUUCUUUAA